CGGGACCGCGGGGCCAUGAGCGAAGCCGGCGAAGGCGGCGGCCGGGUCGCUGGGUCCCCACUCCCCCGGCGAGCUCCAUGGAGCCUGGUGGCCGCGACAGCCACGCUCUGCCUGGUGUCGGCCACGUCCGUGUGGACGGCGGGGGCCGCGCCCAUGAGUAGGGAGGAGAAGCAGAAGCUCGGCAAUCAAGUCCUGGAAAUGUUUGAUCAUGCAUAUGGUAACUAUAUGGAACAUGCUUACCCAGCUGAUGAGCUCAUGCCUUUAACCUGCAGAGGUCGUGUCAGAGGCCAGGAGCCAAGUCGGGGAGACGUUGAUGACGCCUUGGGAAAGUUUUCCCUGACACUGAUCGAUUCUUUGGACACUCUUGUGGUAUUAAAUAAAACUAAAGAAUUUGAAGAUGCAGUGAGAAAAGUUUUAAGAGAUGUUAAUUUAGAUAAUGAUGUAGUUGUGUCAGUCUUUGAAACAAACAUCAGAGUUCUUGGGGGUCUUUUGGGGGGACACUCGCUCGCAAUCAUGCUGAGAGAAAAGGGGGAAUAUAUGCAGUGGUACAAUGAUGAACUUCUCCAAAUGGCAAAGCAGUUGGGCUACAAACUUCUACCAGCUUUCAAUACUACCAGUGGCCUUCCAUAUCCAAGAAUCAAUUUAAAGUUUGGCAUCAGAAAACCAGAAGCCCGGACAGGAACUGAGACAGAUACCUGUACAGCUUGUGCAGGUACCUUGAUCCUUGAGUUUGCUGCUUUAAGUCGAUUCACAGGAGCAACAAUAUUUGAGGAAUAUGCAAGAAAAGCUCUUGAUUUUCUUUGGGAAAAAAGACAGAGAAGUAGUAAUUUAGUAGGUGUGACCAUCAAUAUUCAUACUGGAGAUUGGGUGCGCAAAGAUAGUGGUGUUGGAGCAGGGAUUGAUUCAUAUUAUGAGUAUCUGCUGAAAGCCUACGUCUUGCUUGGAGAUGACAGUUUUCUGGAAAGAUUUAACACACACUAUGACGCCAUAAUGAGGUACAUCAGCCAGCCGCCUCUUCUUCUUGACGUCCACAUCCACAAGCCAAUGCUGAAUGCUCGGACUUGGAUGGAUGCUCUGCUUGCCUUUUUUCCAGGUUUGCAGGUUUUAAAGGGUGAUAUUAGGCCUGCUAUUGAAACUCAUGAAAUGUUAUAUCAGGUGAUUAAAAAACACAAUUUUCUACCAGAGGCAUUUACGACAGAUUUCAGAGUCCACUGGGCUCAACAUCCUUUAAGGCCAGAGUUUGCAGAAAGUACCUACUUCUUAUAUAAAGCUACAGGAGAUCCUUACUACCUUGAAGUAGGGAAAACACUCAUUGAGAAUUUAAAUAAGUAUGCUCGAGUGCCUUGUGGAUUUGCUGCCAUGAAGGACGUUCGCACUGGAAGUCACGAGGACAGAAUGGACUCUUUCUUCUUGGCCGAAAUGUUUAAAUAUCUUUACCUGUUAUUUGCUGAUAAAGAAGACAUUAUUUUUGACAUAGAAGAUUACAUCUUUACAACAGAAGCCCAUCUGUUACCUCUUUGGCUCUCUACUACAAAUCAAAACAUAUCUAAGAAGAACACAACCUCAGAGUACACAGAACUGGAUGACAGUAAUUUUGAUUGGACUUGUCCAAAUACUCAAAUUCUCUUCCCUAAUGAUCCAUUGUAUGCUCAGAGUAUUCGUGAACCCUUGAAAAAUGUGGUGGAUAAAAGCUGUCCUAGAGGCAUCAUCAGAGUCAGAGAGGAGAGUUUCCGAAGUGGAGCUAAGCCUCCUCUGAGAGCCCGAGAUUUCAUGGCCACUAACCCUGAGCAUUUAGAAAUCCUGAAGAAGAUGGGGGUGAGUUUGAUUCACCUCAAAGAUGGGAGAGUCCAGUUGGUCCAACAUGCAAUCCAAGCUGCUAGUUCAAUUGAUGCUGAAGAUGGACUGAGGUUCAUGCAAGAGAUGAUUGAACUGUCGAGUCAGCAACAAAAAGAGCAGCAGCUUCCCCCACGAGCUGUACAAAUUGUUUCCCACCCGUUUUUUGGCAGGGUAGUCUUGACUGCUGGGCCAGCUCAGUUUGGGUUGGAUCUAUCUAAACAUAAAGAGACCAGGGGCUUUGUUGCGAGCAGCAAACCAUACAAUGGUUGUUCGGAGCUCACUAACCCCGAGGCAGUGAUGGGGAAGAUUGCCUUGAUCCAAAGAGGACAGUGCAUGUUCGCAGAAAAGGCCCGCAACAUCCAGAAUGCUGGAGCCAUUGGUGGCAUUGUUAUUGAUGACAAUGAGGGGAGCAGUAGUGAUACUGCCCCUCUGUUCCAGAUGGCAGGUGAUGGCAAGGACACGGACGACAUCAAGAUUCCCAUGCUGUUCUUAUUCAGCAAAGAGGGGAGCAUCAUACUAGAUGCCAUCCGGGAGCAUGAGGAGGUGGAAGUUCUCCUUUCUGACAAAGCCAGAGAUCGAGCAGCAAUAUUAAAAGGUAAAAUGACUCCAAGCUACAUUAUUAAUAGUAAUGCUGAAAUGGAAAGUGAAGAACAGACAUCUUCUGAAAAUGACUCUCAGAAUCAAAGUGCAGAACAGGUUAUAUCACUUUCUCAGACAUUUGAUUUGGUUGAUCAAGAGUCUCCUGAUGAAAGUUCUGUACACUCUCACUUAGAGCCAACCUCUCCAGCAGAGACCCCUGAUGCCACAAGCAUUUCCCCUUCUGGAGAGACCUCUAACCCUACAGAAAGCCAUGAGACCACAAGUCUUGAUGGUGAAUGUACAGAUAUAGAUAACCAACUUGAAGAACAGUCAGAAACUGAGGAAGAUUCCAGUCCUAAUGUUAGCUGGGGUAAAAAGGUCCAACCUAUAGACUCCAUAUUAGCAGACUGGAAUGAAGAUAUAGAAGCAUUUGAAAUGAUGGAGAAGGAUGAACUAUGACUCUAUAAAGAAUCUGGUGGUAGGUAUUUUAAAAGAAAAGGUAAACUGUGGUUAUAGAUAACCUAAUACCCAGCAGGCUCUCCAGUGGGAGGCUCUGAGCAUGGUGAUCCGCAACACGUUCUGACUGGGAUCGUAGUUAUCAUAGGAACCUGGAGCAUGCUGUGUUAGAAUUGACCGUAUUUAAACCGUUCUACCAAAAGUGGAAACUCACAAUUCCCCCUCACAUGAGAGCAUUGCACACACCCUGCAGCAUAUCAGGCCAGGGAAAGAUUACUGGGCAUUCCUGGGAACUAUAUUUCCACUUUCUGGAGAGACCAGAAACAUGAAACAAACCAAGCUAAUAUGGAAUGAGCAACAGGCGUUUGUACAACUAACUGAAGGAAGCUCCAUGGCCUUGGACUUGGGGCCCGGGGCCUUUUUAGGAAGACUCAAAUGAAUCUUGUGACAUUUUGGCUUUGCUGCCUUCACCAGGACACUCUAAGUCACCUAAGUGGUCAGAAAGCAAAUACACUCAGUUUCUGCUUGUCACUCAUCACUGUCACUUGCUUUGUUCAGUGACAAAUGAUGAGGAUAACUUGAUUUUUUUCCCCUCCUAUAGCAAUGUCCUUUUCACUUAAAGGUGAAGCCAGUGAGUUUUAUACAGGAAAAAGGUCAUUUAGAAUGUGAAAGUGAUGAUUUAAUACAUGGGGUAAAUAGAGCAAAGGAGAAACUUGAAUGUUCCAAUAUGCUACCCGUAGGCCUUCUAUGGGGGUAGUUAUGAAUACCUUAAAGUGGAAUUUAGCAUACUAUCCUUGUGGUAGAUUAUAAUUCUUUUCCAGUUUAUUUUUCUCAAAGGUGGUUCCGGGAGCCGUCAGCCUUACUCCAUCCCAUGUUUAGUAUGCCAUUUGAGCCAAAAGGCCCACAUUGCCAACAGCUGUUCCACCUCAUCUUACAGAGCCAUGAUAAAACUGUGGAGGUGAUCUAAAUUUCGUGGAGUAACUACUGUUUUUCUCCUUUGAAACUGAUCUCUAAUGUUAAAUCUAAGGAGUCUGUCACAUUUUCUGUUGAAUCAUGAAUUUUAUGUUGGUUUUGUUUUAACAAAUACUCCUUCUGAUAUGGACUUGAAAAUUAGUUUAUGGUGACCUGUGUAAAAAUAGUUACACAGUUUCAACUAUAUAUAUAGCUUAAAGACAAAAGGUUUUCCUCUUUUUGUUUGUUUGUUUGUUUGUGGCAGUCUGGUGCUGACCACAUUUUUUUUUUUAAUUUAUCGAUAGCUUGUUAUUGAAAUCAUGGCUUUAUUCAUUUUAUUUAUUUUUAAACAAUUAAUUCUAAAGGAAUAUUUGAGAGACUGAAUUACAUUCUCUUCACCCUGAUAUUACACGGUGCCCAUUCCCCGAAACAUGGCUUUGAGGUACUCGGUAGCUUCGACUGUAGUGGAGCUCUAGAGGACAGCAGUGACGAGCUGUAGGUGUGCCUAUUCAUGCAGUGUCCUAGAUCCCAGGCAAACACACUCUUGUAAGGACAGAAACACCUGCCUUUCAAAAAACUCCAGCUGAACAUAAUUGGGUCAGUAAGCAAUAAAUUAGAGAAUUCACUUAGGGAGGGAGUAGGGAGAAAAAGUAGCAUAAGACCUUUAUUGAUUCUUAUUUAAACCUGCCACCGAAAUGGGUAUUUUUAGUCUUUCUGCAUGUGAAAUUUGGUGCAAGAAGAUAGAACUAUAAUACAUAGAGUAUGCAGAAGGAUAGAUGUAGUGCUUUGUUCAUGUUAAUUGCAAAACUGCCAAAAUAGCUGAAGCUUAAUUACUUGACUUACCCUGAUUUAUAGGACUGGGGCUUGGAGAGGAGGAGCAGAUGUUCGUCUAAGACUUUGAUUACAGAAGCCUUAUAUAUGUUGAUUUGAUUUUACAUUUGUAGCUCAAAGCCAUUGUUUAAAUCUUACCCUGAACUAAGUUAUCAAAGCAGUUUAUUUCCCCCACCCCCCAGGAGAACUUAAUGGCACCCACUAGGAAAAGCUAGCUUAUUGCUGCUCUCCCAAGCCCUGGAUUCUUUGGCCGCUAGGGGGAGGUGUUGACUUUCACUGAGAUUAGAAGUGACUCAUUUGUUUAGAAAAAAAAUAACCUUUAAGAAGAGAAAGGAAGAAAAAAAUAUUUAAGAAGUUAUACUUAACACCUGGAAGGAAUUAUUCUUGUUUUUUCCCCCUAGUUAAGAAAGAAGACACAUUUUUAGCUUCAAAACAUCAAUAUUAUAGUUCAUCCCACAUUCAUGUUCUUGACAUACUGCCACCAAGUAGUUUUUAAGGUCAUUAAAAAAAUUCCAACAGCAUAGAUUAAAAAAAAAAGUUUGCUUAAAACUUUCAUAGAUAUAUUUACUUGCUGAAAAUUCAGGGGAUUAUAUUGGACCCUGAGUUUAGAAACAUCUGGUCUACCUCAGUUAAAUGUUGACUGCUUAGAAAUAGAGCUGAAAUGAUCACCACAGCCAUAAAAUUGUUUGACUAAGAAGGAUUUAUAUGAUGUUUACAAACCUGGAAUCAAGUAUGGAUUUUACCUGAACAUUAGACAUUAGAUAUUAGAGCAAGUAUUUAAUUCAGGUAUUUUCAAGUUUCUCACUUGUUUACCUACUAAAAAAAUAGAUACAGGCUGUUUUUUGCACAUUAAAGUCCAUUGAACUGAUGCGCUGUACUUUGCAGUACUUACCCAUAAAGCUUAAGUGUGAAGGAAUUGUAAUUUGCUACAUACAUUUUGGGUGGGAUAUUUUGUUGAGUAGUUUUUUUUUAAUUUGUAAUAAGCUUCUUUUGAAAAGUGUAAUUGCAUCAGAACAAAUUAUUUCAUGACAUUUUAUUUUUCCUUUUUCUUCACAUUAUUAGCUUUUAAAAUGAAAAAUUAUAGACUUUGACUUUCAUUUCUUAAUGCAAUUAUUCUCUAGAGAAUUCUUUUAGAUUUAAAUUACCACCACAUGACCUUUUUAUAGCAAAGCCAGCAUUUGUUCUCUCACCAAACCCCAUGCCAAAUUCAUCAGAAAGAAAGCUCAGCAUAAUACAAAUAGUGCUUAUAAUUUAGAGGGGGUGGGUAGAAUUUAGUAAAUAUUCCAACCGGUCAUUUUAUGCACAAGGCUACAGUCAGAACAUAGAAAAAAAACAUUCUGUGAAUGAAACAUUGUAUGUUAAGAUUUUAUAAAAGACAUUUUUAAAAGCCCAAUUUACAGCCGUAUAUUUUCUUAUGAUGUAAUUUAUGAAAAAGAUGUCUGUACUAACAGGUGCUGUAACACUACUGUUGUUGGGUUUUAUCGUUUGGUGAUAAAUGUAUACAAUAUUUCUAAUGGAAACUAUGUACUGUGAUGUAAAAGUCUGGGCAAAAUGUAUAUAAUCCUUGUAUAUAAUUGUGUAUUUGAUUAUAAUUACUGAUUGUAAAGAUUUAAUAAAACAUGUAAAUAUUCUA